UGUUUUGCUUUUCGAUGUUUUGUCGCAGUCCCGGCCGGGCUGAAAAUGGCGGAGAGUUCAGAACGGCAAAGCCUGAUGGAUGGAGAGGGUGACUCCUUCACGAGCCGCGAUGGCGGCUCCUCGAAUUCAAUGUUGGCCAUAUGCGAUCCGACUCGACUGGCCCAUAGAUUCGUGGUAUUGCUGUUAAUGUGCUUUUUAGGUUUUGGGAGUUAUUUCUGCUAUGACAACCCGGCCGCCUUGCAGACGCAGAUUAAGCAGGACAUGGAGCUGAAUACGUCCCAGUUCAUGCAGCUGUACGCCUGGUACUCCUGGCCCAAUGUCGUCCUAUGCUUCCUGGGAGGAUUUUUAUUGGACAGAGUCUUUGGCAUUAGGCUGGGGACAGUCAUCUUCUCCAUCCUUGUGUGUGUUGGACAGGUCAUAUUUGCUGCUGGUGCACUUUUCAAUGCUUUCUGGUUGAUGGUAUUUGGACGUUUUGUCUUUGGCAUUGGAGGCGAGUCCUUGGCUGUGGCCCAGAAUACCUAUGCUGUGAACUGGUUCAAGGGGAGAGGUCUGAACCUUGUGUUCGGUCUUCAGCUCAGUAUGGCGCGUCUGGGUAGCACCGUGAACAUGAACGUGAUGGGACUGGUGUACCACCGAAUCUGGGACUGGAGGGGGUCCACGGGCUACUCCACGCUGGGCGUCGUGCUGAUGAUUGCGUCCGCUACAUGCGUGUUCUCCUUGGCUUGUGCGGUGAUCCUUGGCUACCUUGACAAACGGGCUGAACGACUUUUAAACAAAGAAGAAGGCAAAACCGGAGAAGUGAUCAAGCUGUCUGAUGUGAAAGACUUCCCCCCCUCUCUCUGGCUCAUCUUCAUCAUUUGCGUGGGCUACUAUGUGGCUGUCUUUCCCUUCAUUGGGCUUGGCCAGGUUUUCUUCAUUGAAAAGUUCAAUUUUUCACCAGCUGAAGCAAGUGCUAUUAACAGUGUUGUGUACAUCAUCUCAGCCCCAGCAUCGCCCAUCCUUGGCUUCAUGGUGGAUAAGACUGGGAAGAACAUACUCUGGGUGGUGAUGGCUGUUGUCGUCACUCUGGCUUCCCAUAUGAUGCUUGCCUUCACCUUCUGGAACCCCUGGAUUGCUAUGAGCCUGCUGGGUGUGUCCUACUCUCUGCUAGCAUGUGCGCUGUGGCCCAUGGUUGCCUAUGUGGUCCCAGAGCACCAGCUGGGAACUGCCUAUGGAUUCAUGCAGUCCAUACAGAAUCUGGGUCUGGCUCUGAUCUCUAUGGCGGCGGGGGGCAUCCUUGACAGCCGGGGUUACCUGUUCCUUGAGGUCUUCUUCUGUGCUUUUGUCUGCUUGGCCCUGGUUGCUGUUGUGGUGCUGUACUUCCUCAAUCUUAUCAGAGGAGGAGAACUGAACUUGUCACCAUCCGCCAGGGCCGAACUCCACAAGGACAGUCCGUCUGAAUCAGAGUGAUGACACUGAGUCGUGAGGCUCAAGCUGGCUGUCACCACUGACCUGAGGAGCCUCAGCCGUUGUUUACCCGGGGCUCCUCCCACAGCACUGACAGACCGCCCACAUUUUACGCAGACUCCUCCCACAGUGCACAUGGGGCUCGCAGUGUACUCUCCUCCCAGGGUUGUAUAGAGAGCUCUGCUCCAGUGCCACCUUUUAAUUGUC